AUGCUUGGAGCAAUUCUUCCUGUGUUCAGCAAAGAAGAAAGUCACAAUAUCUCAUUUCAAAAAGAACCACGUGGAGGGAACUGUAGCAGAUUUGACAUGAGAGCCUAUCGUUGGGCACAGGUGGUAAUGUUUACAAUCAAAGAAAUCAAUAAGGACCAGAACUUGCUCCCAAACAUCACCUUGGGAUAUGCAAUUUUUGACUCAUGUGGCUCCCCAACAAACAUCUUACGAGCUGCUCUCACUCUGGUGAGUGGACAAGAGGAGACAAAAUCAGCAGCUGAAUGCCGUCCUCCCAUAUCUGCAGUUAUUGCAGCAUCAGGAUCAUCUCGAUCUGUCAUAGCUGCAGGAACACUUGGACCAUUCGGUGUACCAAUGGUCAGUUACUUCUCAACAUGUGCUUGUCUAAGCAACAAAAUUAAGUAUCCUACAUUUUUCCGCACAAUUCCAAGUGACUACCAUCAAGCCAAAGCUUUAGCCUUUCUUGUGAAACGCUUUGGAUGGUCAUGGAUCGGGGCUAUUCAAGCAGACAAUGAUUAUGGACGAAAUGGGGUCCUGUCAUUCACAGAGGAAGUAAAAAAGUUUGGAGUUUGCAUCGCAUUCAUCAAAACAGUUUCAAGAAACUAUCCAAGAAGUAAAACACUGGAAGUAGUUGAGGCAAUUAAACAGUCAACAGUGAGAGUGAUUCUUGCAUUUGUUCCAGAAGGUGACCUGUAUCCUCUGAUGCAAGAAGUGGUAAUGCAAAACAUUUCAGGUAUCCAGUGGAUAGCAAGUGAAGCAUGGAUAACUGCAGCAAAAGCAUCUACCAUUGCGAAUUUUCACUCUUAUGGGGGUGCAAUUGGAUUCGCAACCCGCAAAAUGGCAAUGCCUAAACUAAAAGACUUCCUUGUGAACAUAAAUCCCUUAGCUGUUCAAGGGGAUUCUUUCGUGAGGGAUUUCUGGGAAACCAUUGUCAGUGAUCACCUAAAGAGAGUCAAUUUUGUAAACAGCUAUGGGGAGGCUGUAUUCUUUGAUGAAAAUGGAGACCCUCCUGCUUCAUAUGAAAUCAUCAACUGGCAGCUGAGAGAUAGGGAAAUUCCUAAAGCGGUAUGCUCAGAAAUGUGCCUCUCAGGCUCCAGAAAAGCACAAAUUAAAGGAAAGCCCACCUGCUGCUUCGACUGCAUUCCAUGUGCAGAUGGAACAAUAGCCAACACAACAGGUGCAACUGACUGCAUCCCAUGUCCACUGGAGUACUGGUCAAACAAAGCAAAAGACCAGUGUAUACCUAAAGAUGUAGAGUUUCUGUCUUAUCAUGAUGGCAUGGGAAUAGCACUUACAGUUGUAUCUCUGUCUGGGGUAUGCUUGGCAUUUACAACUAUAGUGGUCUUCUUUAACUUUAAAAAUACACCCAUCGUAAAGGCUAACAACUCUGAGCUGAGUUUCCUGUUGCUGUUCUCUCUACUGCUGUGCUUCCUGUGCCCACUCACCUUCAUCGGGGAACCCACAGUCUGGUCUUGUAUGCUGCGUCACACAGUCUUCGGCAUCACGUUUGCACUCUGCAUCUCCUGUGUACUGGGAAAAACAAUUGUGGUGGUCACUGCCUUCAGAGCGACACUUCCCAACAAUAACAUGGCCAGGAAGUUCGGCCCAAUGCAGCAGCGGAUCAUAGUUUGCUCAUGCACCACUGUGCAAAUCUUCAUCUGUCUGUUCUGGCUCACUCUCAAUCCCCCUUUCCCAGACAGAACAUUUAAGCAGAGUGACAAAACAAUUGUCCUAGAAUGCAACACAGGAUCAGAAACUGCAUUCUACGCAGUCCUUGGAUACAUAGGUAUUCUCUCAGCAGUUUGCUUAUUGUUGGCGUUUUUAGCGAGGAAAUUGCCAGACAAUUUCAAUGAGGCAAAGUUUAUUAGUUUCAGCAUGCUCAUUUUCUGUGCUGUAUGGCUAACAUUCAUACCAGCAUAUGUCAGUUCACCGGGAAAAUACACUGUUGCAGUUGAGAUAUUUGCUAUUCUUUCCUCAGCAUUUGGCUUACUGUUUUGCAUAUUUGCUCCAAAAUGCUAUAUAAUUUUAAUAAAACCAAAAAGGAAUACAAGGAAUAAUGUCAUGGGGAAAUUAGGGGGACGCAGUGUGUCAGACUACGCCAUUGAUUUCCAGACACUGGUGACAUCUUGUGGCUGGGAGAGUAAGGCACUGUAUGACACAUUCCUCAAUGGCCUGGCGGAAUGGAUAAAAGAUGAGCUGCUGACCCGGGAGCUGCCUGAAGAAUUAGAGGGGCUUAUCGCCCUGGCCAUCCGGGUGGACUCCCGCCUGAGUGACCAUUGGCGCUUUCAAGCCUCCGGUCCUCACUGUUCGUCCGGCGAUGCCUCUACUGCAGCCAAGCCGGGCACGGCCCACUCUUCUGUCUCGAGAAAUGUUCCUGAGAAAAUACCGAACCUGGAGAAGGUUCCUUCCGAGUACCUGGACCUCAAGGAGGUCUUCUGUAAAUCCUGA